AUGGCCACUACAGUCAUGGCCGCGGCCGUCUCCUUCCCGUCCUCCUCGGCCGCCUCUACGGUCGUCAAAGCGUCGCCAACGUCGCCCUGUACCGCCCCACACUUCCUCUCCUACCGCCCGAGGGCCGCGCGGGCCGCCAUCCGGGCGCAGGCGUCCGCCACUGACACCGCCGUCGAGGCGCCCGCCAAGUCCAAGAAGGAAUCCAAGAAGCAGGAGGAAGGCGUCGUCACCAACUUGUACAAGCCCAAGGAGCCGUACAUAGGCAAGUGCCUCCUCAACACCAAGAUCACCGGCGACGACGCGCCGGGUGAGACGUGGCACAUGGUCUUCAGCACCGAAGGCAAGAUCCCGUACAGAGAGGGCCAGUCCAUCGGCAUCAUCGCUGACGGCGUCGACAAGAGUGGCAAGCCGCACAAGCUCAGGCUCUACUCCAUCGCCAGCAGCGCUCUCGGCGACUUUGGUGACUCCAAGACAGUCUCACUGUGUGUCAAGAGGCUCGUUUACACCAACGAGGCUGGAGAGAUCGUCAAAGGAGUCUGCUCCAACUUCUUAUGUGACCUGAAGCCAGGUGCUGACGUCCAGAUAACAGGACCAGUUGGCAAAGAAAUGCUCAUGCCUAAAGACCCCAACGCUACUAUUAUAAUGCUUGCCACCGGUACAGGUAUUGCUCCGUUCCGCUCGUUCCUGUGGAAGAUGUUCUUUGAGAAGCAUGACAACUACAAGUUCAACGGUCUGGGAUGGCUCUUCCUGGGUGUUCCAACGAGCAGUUCAUUGCUCUACAAGGAGGAGUUUGAGAAGAUGAAGGAGAAAGCGCCAGAGAACUUCCGGGUUGACUACGCCGUCAGCAGGGAGCAGACAAAUGCGGCGGGGGAGAGGAUGUACAUCCAGACCCGGAUGGCGGAGUACAAGGAGGAGCUGUGGGAGCUUCUGAAGAAGGACAACACCUACGUCUACAUGUGUGGGUUGAAAGGCAUGGAGAAGGGUAUUGAUGACAUUAUGGUGUCACUGGCUGAAAAAGACGGAAUUGACUGGUUUGACUACAAGAAGCAGCUGAAGAAGGGAGAGCAAUGGAAUGUGGAGGUCUACUGA